UUGGACAUGCCCGUCUGUUUGGCCUGAAGCAGAUCUGCUCCUGUUGGCUGCUGCUGCUGCUGAAGAACUCUCCUCCCAGCUCACUACAGAUAAUGACACACACCUUGUCUCCCAGGUGCAGAGGGAGCAGAGGGAGCAGAGCUGAGAACCACCAGCACACGUCUGUGAACUACAGGAUAUCAGAUCACUCGGCCUACACAGCAGCAGCAGCAGCAGCAGGAUGAGGUGCGGCUAUUUCAAAGUGUCGAUUCUGGCCUUUGCCGCGGCCUCGACCCUGUUGUACCUGAGCUCCAUAAAGAAUGAGGUCCAUACCCACUCGAAGAGACUCGAGACGGCCCACAACAACGAUUCCAUCAGGGGCCAGGGGAUGCUCAGAAGGUUGGACAAGAUGGAGAAGGAUAUAAACCGGCUGCUCAGUGUGAUGGGCAAGGUUGAGAUGAAGGUGCCAGCGGGGCAGAAGGAGGCCGAGGUGAAGAAGGAGAGGAAGGUGGUGAGGAAGCUGUUCCCCAACUCGUACCUGUUCAGUAAGUGGGGACAAGACCUGUCGGAGGAGGAGCAGAGGGAGGCGGAGAUGCUGUACAAGAGGUACGGGUACAACGCCUUCCUCAGUGACCGACUCCCCCUCAACAGAGAGAUCCCUGACACCAGGCCCCACAGAUGUGCUGAGAAGAAGUACCCAGCUGAUCUGCCCACCGUCAGCGUGAUACUGAUCUACCUGGACGAGGCUCUGUCUAUCAUCAAGAGGGCGAUUCGCAGCAUCAUCGACAAGACGCCGGCUCAUCUCCUGAAAGAAAUCAUCCUGGUGGAUGACAGCAGCAGUAACGAGGAUUUAAAGGAGAAACUGGACGACUACGUCACCCUGAUCAACGAGGAGUGUCCAGGCCUGGUGAAGAAGAUCCGGCACUCUGAGCAGCUUGGCCUCACGCAGGCCAGACUGUCGGGGUGGAAAUCCGCCGUGGGGGACGUGGUGGCCAUCUUUGACGCUCACAUCGAAGUCCACGUGGAAUGGGCAGAGCCGUUGUUAGCUCGCAUUAAAGAGGACCGCACUGUCAUCCUCACACCGGUGUUCGACAGAGUCAAUUACGAUGACCUGACGCUGACUCCCUACUCGGCUGCAGCUGACGCCUUCGACUGGGCUCUGUGGUGCAUGUACGAGUCCUUCAGACCAGAGUGGUACAAGCUAAAGGACGAUUCGCUACCUGGCAAGAGUCCGUCCAUCAUGGGGAUUCUUGUAGCUGAUCGCAAGUUCUUCGGCGAGAUUGGGAGCCUUGAUGGCGGAAUGAAAAUAUAUGGCGGUGAAAACGUGGAACUCGGCAUUCGGGUGUGGCUUUGUGGAGGCAGCGUGGAAGUCAUACCUUGCUCUAAGAUCGCCCACAUAGAACGAUCAUCAAAGCCUUACCUCCCGGACCUGAGUGUCACGAUGAAGCGGAACGCACUGAGGGUGGCCGAGGUUUGGAUGGAUGAAUAUAAAUAUAAUGUCAACAUUGCCUGGAACCUUCCUUUAGAGAAUCAUGGGAUAGACAUUGGGGAUGUGUCGGAGAGGAAGAAGCUGAGGAAGAGUCUGAACUGUAAGCCGUUUCAGUGGUAUCUGGAUAACGUUUACCCCUUGCUGGACCCCCUGAGUGACCUGCUCGGCUAUGGAGCUAACUGUUAUUAUCGCACUGAUGGACAGAUCUACAUCGGCGGAAUCAAAUCUCACAAGUACAACAGCAACCGCUGCCUGGUGGACUCCGGCUCUGGACUCUACCCGGGGCUGUACGAAUGCAAACUGGCCGAGCAGAAGAAGUUCCACAUGCUGUGGGAUUUCAAACAGGAUGAACCGAUCCAGAACAGAGACACGAAGAGAUGUCUGGAAAUCGCGAUGGACGAAAACAACAACUACAAACUGAUUGUUCAGCAGUGCAGUGGUCAGAAGUGGAAAAUUCAGAAUCUCAUCGAGGGCCGACUGCUGGGCCCCAAGAAGACAAUAUGAGAAAUGAGCCAUUAUUGCGCAAGAAAAACAAACCAGAACAACCUGCUUUGCUUUGCAGUGAGUUUCACACUGGACGGUUUGGAUGUAUGUGGUUUCGAGGGCAAAGUCGUGAACUGGGGGUGAUCAGUUUUUAUUAUCAUGCUUUUGACAAUGAAAUCUAUAGAUGAACUGCCACGGGGUAGUAGUGAUUUUCUGUUUUUGCUUUGAAUACAAAAGAGCUUUUCUGUUUGAAUUUCCUGAUGACAACAGUCUGUGAGAAUCUCCUGUGAGAAUCACCUUCCCGCUCUUAUCAGCCUUUUCCUUUACAGAAUAAACAGCGGGGUCCCAAGAGGGCACUUAACAUUUUUAUCGUUUAAAUAAAAGGCUGGCAAUGUUGAAUUAGGGUGGAAUGUUUAAACAAACAUUCAAGUCCAACAGGAUCCGUUUUGGUUCAGUCAGGAAUGAUCAGCGAUGAAAGCGUCCCAUUGGUUCUGCCACAUGACGCGGCCCCUGUCCUUCAGGUGAGCCGGCAGCGAGCUGUACCUGCAGGAGGGAGGAAAGUAUUUUUCACUUUCUUGAGUGGCAUUUUUUUCAGAUUUCUCACAGAAUCCUUCAUGGAUAUUUAUUUAAGUGUGCAAUUUGUUGCAGAUCCAAAUACAAAUCUGGAUCGAUUUGAAUGUGGUCUCCUGCAGCAGUAGGCUUUUUAAUCAACCAGUCAUUCUUCAUCAUUCUGCGAUGAAGAUGAUGCCUUCAUGAUCUGCAUUGUUUCGUUGGGGACUGUUUUAGCGGUGGAUUGAUGCACAUUCUGAGCUCAGUGUGUAUUUGGGGCAGCAGGGGGAUGUGGUUCACGUCAGAAUACAAAGUGUAUGUGUGUUUGUGGUAAUUUAGGAACUUUGCAAAUAAUGUGUCUCCUGCGUUUUGCUCCAUGGCACAGAGGAAUAAGUUGUGAGGUCAAUUCCCUGAUGGUUUUUGUCUUUUAAGGGGAUUUGCUGAAAUAUCAAAUAUCCCCCGAAUUUUCUUUUCAAUAAUAAUUUAGAAUUUGUAGUAAAAACUAAAAGGUAGACGUUAAAACCCAUUGAUUCCGACCUGAUGGAGUUGAGAGCCAGUUCCUUCAGAGUGCCCACGUUUGCUGUCAAGCCUCCGAUGCCCACAAAGGCUUGAUAGAAGUCGUAGGAGAGGCCUGUGGUGCUGAACAGAGACGGGUCGUCGGAGCUGAUCACCAUCGGGUGGCCCUCGGACAUCAGCACAGCGGCCGGGUGGUUCCUCAGGUCUGAUACCAGCUUCAGCACCUGGAGGCCGGAGGUCAAACUUAAUAUACAGACAGGGACCCAUUUUUCUUCUCGAGUGUGCUAAAUAAUUCAACCUGGUUUGAGAUGGGGCACAGCUCCACAGCCACGUUUCUUCUCCUGGAAAGCUCUUUUGCCAGCAGGUGGUGUGCCAGAGCGUAGCCGUGCCCAAUGCGUGUGGUGUUGAACAAAAGGGCAUCGAGGAUGUUCUGAUCCACGUCGGUGCCUUCAUCGUCUGCAGAGAAACGAGAUGUGGCGUUGAAGAGAUCUUGGCUUUGCAACGGGUGAUAGUGAACUUGACCGGCUCGUUCCCGCACCCACCUGUUUCUCCUGCAUGAAAGAAGUAUGGCAGCGUGACCCCCAGGUCUGCUGGUAUGGAGAGCGCCUCCCUGAAGUACCACAGAGACCUGCCGCUAUCCUCCCUGCCGACCUGGAAGCCACAAUGCAGGGUUAAGCAAACUUAGAUGUCACCACAAAGAGAACAAGAGCAAACCUUCUCUGCUACUGUUUUUUUCCUGCCAUGUCGCAUUUUAAUAAAUCAAACCUGAAACCCA